CUUCCCUAAAAAUUAGUCCACUACCGCCAGGCGCCAGCAGAGGGCAGAUCGCAGACGACAGAGGAUAGCGACCAACAGGCAGCAAGCUUUCCUUCCCCGAAUCAGUCCCAUUUCUGGUUUCCUUCUCGUCAAAACCGGUAGCCAGAGCCCAGACAGAUCAGAGAAGAGGCAAGAGCAAAACCUUUGUGAGUUCUUUCCCAAUUCCUUCUUGGCUUCUCAUUAUUUACAUGUAACUAAUGCAGUAAAUUUUUAGCUUAGCCCAUGACUAAAGCUUUCGAUAAUAAAAAGUGGAUAAACUUGCUUAUAUUCUGUUAAGAAUUAGUGAAAUCAUCUCUUUGUUAGGUUUCUAAUUGUGACCACUGACCAAGUUUGGUUGAAAAAUCUUUUGUUAAUUAUUGAAUUUUCAUAGUCUAUAAUCUAUAUUCUCAGUUGAAUGGCAGUGGUUUUGGUCUGCUUUUACAAAUCGAAUUUGGACUAUUUUACAAAAUUUCACUAUCUGGUAUUAAGAUGGGCGAAAAAUUGGUAAUCUUUCAUUUGUGUCAUCUAAUAAUUAUGUUGAUUCUAAUACUUCAAGCAUUUAUUUGUUUUUGACUCGUUUUGAGUAUUCAAAUUGACAUAGAUGGCCAACCUACCAGCUAUAGAUGUAGCAGCUUUGUCUAAUUUUUUAGUGUUUGAUUUUUCUAAUACACUGCUCUCUAACUCUUGGGGAUUUUUUUGUUGAAUUGUUGAUUUUUAAUCAAUUGUAAUUGAAAAUUAAAUUGGGGUAUUUUGCAAAUUAUGGAACGAUUUUUCAAUCGAAACGAAAGUCGAUACCUAGUUCUCCUAGUCCCGCCGCUAUUUCUAGCUGAGCACUUGAGUUGUUAAAAAACACAAAGAAGUCUCGGGCUCAAUUCAAUGUGAAUAAUCUUAUUUCUGAUACAGGAAAACGCCCCCUAUCAAGUCAUAUGAUCCUAAUAUCAUAGAUGAUGUUAGGAUGAGAUAUUUGGAAAAAAGUCCUUGUCAGCCACAUGGACAUGAUUUUCCAAGAAGACGGAUAAGAAAUGAUAAUAGGUGUUUUUGAAAAAAAUGGUUUUCUGAAUUUUAUUGGUUGGAGUACAGUAUAGAAAAUGAUGCAGCUUAUUGUUUGCAUUGCUACUUGUUCAAACCUAAUAAAUGGGAUCAAGGGGGUGGACAUAUAUUCACUAAGACCGGCUUUAGGGAUUGGAAGCACAAAAAUACAUUGAAAGAUCAUGUCGGGCUCGUUGAUAGUGUUCAUAAUCAAGCUUUUGUAAAGUGUACCAAUUUGAUGAAUCAAAAGCAAAGUAUCUCCUAUGUUAUUUCUAGCCAAAGUAGUAGUCAACAAAAAAAUUAUAGGACAAAGUUGACUGCGGUGCUAAAUUGUACUAGACUCCUCUUGAUGCAAGAAUUGUCAUCUCGUGGUCAUGAUGAAUCGAAAGAGUCUCUUAAUAAAGAAAAUCUAAUUGAGCUACUAAAUUGGUAUGUAGCUCGUCGUAAGAAAAUUAAUGAAGUACUAUUUAGUAAUGCUCCUAGAAAUGACCAAAUGACUUCACCAAGCAUCCAUAAGGAUUUGGUUCAUUGUUGUGCUGUAGAGACGACAAGGUCUAUGAUCAAUGAGAUGGGUGAUUCUUUGUUUUCAAUUUUGGUUAAUGAGUCUCGUGAUAAUUCUAUAAAAGAACAAAUGACAGUUGUUUUGAGAUUUGUUGACAAAAGUGGGCAUGUGAAGGAGCGUUUGUUGGGCAUUUUCCACAUCGCUGAUACUUGUGCCCAAUCACUCAAGGAUGCCAUUGACGCAAUGUUUCCUACACAUGGGUUGAGCAUAUUUGGCCUGAGAGGUCAAGGUUACGAUGAAGUAAGCAAUAUGUCAGGUUAUCAUUCUGAAAUUCUGGAGAGGCUUAAUAUUGAGGAACUUUCUGGUCGAACUGGUCAAUUUUAAGAAAUGAGUUUGACACACCCAGGUGAUACUAUAUGGGGCUCACAUCUAAAGACAAUGACUCGCUUUAUUAGUAUGUUUAAUGCAAUCAUAGAUGUUCUUUAGAACAAAAAUCAAUGGUCGUAAGACAGGUGGACACUAUGCAAGAUUUUCAAUUUGUGUUUAGUCUCCAUUUUAUGUUUGAAAUUCUUACAAUUACAGACGACCUUUCACAAGCUUUACAAAAAAAAAAAGAAUCAGGAUAUUCAGAAUGCUAUGAUGUUAUUGAAGUUGUAUAAGUACGCAUUGCAGAACACGAGAGACAAUAGUUGGGAUACUUUGUUGAGUAAGGUAAUUGAGUUUUUGUUGAUAAACAUAUUUUAGUACCCAAUAUGGAUGAUAUUGUAGUAUUGAAAGGUCGACCUAGGCAUGUAACUCAACAGGUGACUUAUUAUCAUCACUUUUAUGUUGAUUUGUAUAGUUAUGCGAUAGAUUUAAUCUUGCAAAAGUUGAAUGAUCGUUUUUUAGAAACAACUACUAAGAUUUUUACUUGCAUUUCGUGUUUAAGUCCAAGAUAUUUAUUUGCAGCUUUUGAUGUAUGUAAAUUGGUACGUCUUGCUCAGUUAUAUCCUUUGGAUUUCAAUAAUGAAGAGCUUUUAUUACUUAAACCUCAACUUGACAAGU